AUGAUAGAAAACACUCAAAAAUCGAAGCAAUCGUCAUUUUAUUUACACUCAUUUCGAAAUCGUCAUUUAUAUCCAGCUUCUAAUUAUCCAAUAACUCAUUUACUUGAUCGUCUCAAUGUCGAUCAUCUACUCUUAAAUCAAUCGUUAUAUGUUGAACAUUUCAAAUAUACAUUCAUUUUACUAUUAAUAUGUACUUUGACCGGUACAAUUUUCUUUCGAUUACAUAUACAAGUUUAUAACACAAUUCUCGGUCCUUUCUAUUACAAUCAAGAACAAUUUAUUGAAUAUGUAAAUAGAUAUCAACAAGAUCAAUCAUUCUUAUCACGAUUCUGGAAAAUCGAAUAUAUUCAAGUUGAAUUAAAUGAAAAUAAUGUUCAAAAUCCACUUAGUACAUAUGACACUAUUCGACAAUUUUCAGAUCCACGAACACGUCGUAAUCAUAUUGCAACAUACAAACGAAUUAAACGUCCAGCAAUAUAUGUCAAAUUACCUACACAUUCACGAAAACAGUUUCAUGCACGUCAUCGAUUUCAUUUUAAAUCUUAUUCAAUUCGAACACUUCAAUGUAUUAUUAGAAAUCUACCAUCAAGUUCAACAGAUAUAUAUCGAACAUGGAUUGAAAAAUCAGAUUAUAUUCAACAUAUCAAUACAGAAUAUACAAAGAAUUCAACUGAAUUUAAUAAAGCAGUUUUAAUAAAAUGUGGUAUCUUAAUUGGAUAUCUCUAUCGACCGAUGUAUGAAAAAGCUUUCAUUCCAACUAAUGAACAUAAAUUUACAUCUUUUGAUAUAGCUCUAAAUAUGGCAGAAGAGUACUAUUCUUUUUAUAUAUUUCUCAUAUGUGGUUUAAUUUUCAUUGGAUUAUUUCUCAAAUCUUUAUUCUAUUUGAUAUUCUAUUUUUCAAAUAUUGUUCGUAGUCAAUUUUUACAUCGAUUAGGAAUAUUUUCAUUCUCUUUAAAAUUACUUCCAGAUGUACUAGAAGAACUUUGGUUAUUGAAUUUUGACGGGUAUCCUCAUGAACAAUUGUUACAAUUAGAAAGAAUAAUUAAAAAGAGUGAUCAUGUAUUUGGUAAAAAUUUAGCAAUUAUUCAAAAUGAUUAUGAUCACUUAUUUGUUGUUAUAUUGAAAGUGAAUUUAAAUGAAAGAUUGGAUGGUCAUGAUGAAUCAUCACCAUUUAUUAUUUGUCCUGUCACUGAUAUACGAAAAAUAACAUAA